CUCAUCACUCGUCUCCUUCCUCUCUUUGUUUUCUUCUCGUACUGCCGCUAACAUGAACUACAAGCCAAACCCAAUCCACUAAUCUUAUCGCUCCCAAAUACUAUGCUACCAACCAAAUCCUAACCCACUCCACAUCGGUACCCCUCCCAGAACCAAGUUGGGUUUGCAUACCCAAAAUAGAGCCCAUUUUUUGUGUUUGCUUGUCGGAGGUGUUAGAGCAAAUGGAGCUCAUGUUCCUGAUAACCGAUUAACAUGUUAUCAAUUAACCGAUUAUAUAAAAUGCAUGGUUAGCGGUAAACACAAAUUGAAAAAUGAUCCAGAUAACCAGAAUAACAGUUAGGAUUAUAAUCGAAUCUACUAACAAGUCUAGUUGUUGGGAAUCUUCCUUUCUAGGAAAACAAGCUCAUGGACCUUUUUGUACAAUUUUUUUUCUUUUUUUUUUAUAGAAUGAAGCAGCUGGAAGCUUCGCAUAAAUUCAAAUACAAUUUUGAUCCGUGGCUUGAAAGUUACACCAAGACAAUUUUUUGUACAAAGUUUCUUUAGCAUGUACAAGAUUCUUUCUGAGGUGGACUCCAAUCACGUACAUGUUUAUGCAAAAAUCUCACAGGAGCAACUGUAUUGAUGCGUUUAAUAAAUUCCUUACUAAAAAAUUUCCCAGUUCCCCUUCUGUUGUUUAUCGCCAUAAUCCAAAUUCUCAAUAAAAAGUCUAAAAUAAAUUUAAAUAGACUAUUCAGCAAGUUUGUCAACCUGCGGGUCGACCUGCGGGUUGACCCACUUUGAUUCUGACCCGGUAAGAAAAACGGGCCGUACCCACCCGCCAGGUCGACCGCUAUAAGGUACCGGGUUGGAGGUCAAAUUGUGUCAUUUUUUUCUUUGUUUUGCGAAAUGCGCCUAUUUUCCGAUUUUUCUUUUCGCCUAACUCAAUCUUUGGAAUCCUAAGUUGAACAUUUGAAUAUUAAUGUUAUAUAAGUGUGAGUGAAUUUUAACUAUAUGUUGAAUCUAAGUACGAAAUGUUAUUUUGGUGUAAUAUUAUAUGUUAUAGCUCAUAUGUUAGAUGAGAUUUGAUAUAAUUUAUCAGGAUAAGUACAAUAUAAUGACUCUUUCCAUAUUUUCGGGCUAAACCGGGCUAAAACGGGUGACCCAUUAACCCUUGACCCACUAUAACCCUUGAUCCACUAGUUUAACCGGGUCCGGGUCAACCCGCGGGUUGACAACCUUGCUAUUCAGUCAAAGGUCAACAAGAAGCAACUCCUCCGCCCAGCCCACCCAGUAUUCAGGCCUUUAUCCCCGGGGCCCAGGCCCAGUAUCAGCAACUCCCGGUUUCCCCGUCACCGUCAUCACUCAUAAGUUGAAAACCGAAUCCCCGUAGAAAAUGAACUGCUUCGCACGUGCCCCACUCCGUCCCGACAGCGAUUUCACAUUGGAUUCGCGCACUCGCCGGCCCGCUGACCGCCGCCGCCUCCCUCCGCCAACGAAACCGUUCUCCGCCGCUCCACUCCUCAACAAAUCAAAAAAAAUAUUAAAAAAAAAUAUUACAAAAAAGGAAGCCCACUCUCUCUCUUCUCUCUUUCCCUUCCCCGCAGCGCGCCGUGCCGUUAUUUCCCCCUUUUCUUUCUCUGUUCCUGUUUCUUUUUCGCGGCGCUUUCUCAGAGCACAAUCACUCCCUUUGGAGAAAAGGGGUCGAAAAUAAAGAAAACCAAGGCCACUGAAGAGCGAGGACGACGAAGGUAAAUUUUCACGGACAGCGGCGGCUUCUUCUUGUUGUUUCUGCGGUUUGCUGUGGUGUUUAGUAGCCGCCAUGGGAGCUAUGUCUCCUCUCGCUGCUCCUUGGGUGCCAGAGGACGAUCUUCUCUUGAAGAAUGCCGUCGAGGCAGGUGCUUCCUUGGAGUCACUUGCUAAAGGCGCUGUGCAGUUUUCGAGAAAAUUCACAAUUCGUGAACUGCAAGACCGCUGGCAUUCUCUCCUAUACGAUCCAAUCGUGUCUGAGAAAGCUGCUUUAAGGAUGAUUGAGUUUGAGUGCGCUUCAUCAGCUCUUCCAUCGAAAUUUACCAGGUGUGGGAAUUCAAAGGAUAACAAAUGUAUUACUGGAAAAAGGGGAGCUGAAAGUAUCCGUUCUAGUUACUAUGCUUUGCGUAAAAGGAUCCGUAAUCACCCAUUUGAAUCCAUUGAUCUGGAUUUUCUUAUGGGCCCCUGUGAUAACAAUUAUGUUGGAAGUGAAGAUGUCCCUUUACAUGGACACUGCAUGCUAGGAGGUCCAGUUCAAGGUCUUGCACUUCAGGAAUCCAACAUGGAUGUCCUGCGCCAUACGUUGACUGAAAUUGAGGUUGGUAAUGGUGAUCCAGUCUUUCAUUCGCACUUUGAGAAUACAGUUCAAGGAGAUUUUCUAAUGCAGCAAGAUAAUCUUCCUAGCGAGAUGGCAAGUAUGAUGGGGGAGAAUUUGUCUCACUCUGUCAAUGGAACAGUAGUGGACGAAUUUUGCAUGCCAGAUAGAUUACCCUUGAACGGUGACCAGGUACAAGGAUGCCCAAAUUUUAAUGGAGACCAAGGGUUUAGUUCAGAGGCUCUGGAAUGUGGGUCACAAUUUGAAACUUUGGAGUACUCGUGUCCACUUACUGAGAUCACGCAUUGGGCUUCUGGUGAAGGCAUGACGACGAUGCCUGCUGAACCUGCUGACAAUGGUUUGAGAGGAAAAGAGCUUCGUGCGGGGGAUGGGUUUUCUCUUCACAUCGAUGCUGCUGCUGCUAAAGAUGCGGAUCAAUCAGGAUAUAAUGGUAUGGCGCACAUGGACUCUGAUUUGAGGUUAGAGAUACCAAGUGAGGAGGAGCUAAAAGAUGCUACUAUUGGAACAGAGGGUUAUCUGGCUGAACUUUCACACUCUCUAUUGAACCUUACAAAUGACGAUGAGCUUCUAUUCAUGGAUGUCGAUGGGAAAGAUACAAUCAUUGAUAAGUCUUACUAUGAUGGCCUCAGUUCCCUGUUGUUGAGUUCACCCAGUAGCGAGGCCAGUCAAGAUCAUCUGACUCCGAGUGUUGAUCAUCCUGAAAAUCAGUUGAACACAAGUCCUGUUCAAGUGUUGGAUGAAGAUAUCAGAAUGCACCAUGGGAGAGAUUCUGUUUGCACUGAUGAGGUCCAGUGCCUUGACACUCCAUCAACUUCAUACUCUGACUUAUCUGAACUCAAUUGUGAAGUUGUUUGCUGUGUGCUGAGCACAGAAGAUCCUGAGGUACCAUGCAAUGAUCAUGUUGUCUUUACCAACAAUCACUCACGUCGCAAGACAGUUGCAACUGUACCAAAACGACCUCUACAACCUUCUGGCAAAUUGAAUUCUUCCAUAAAAGCAACGACCAACAAUCAACAAAGAAGUAGCAAAGGGGGAAAACCAUUGUUGCAGACGGAUUUGGGAAAUCCAGGGAAACCUCCCAAGUCUUCUCAGUUAAUAAGUUCACAAAAAGCGACACCAGAGGUUACCGUUCAUCGUUCAGUUGGUCAUCCUGGAGUUAGAGUUGAGUUUGCCAGGAAUGAUUCCACUGAAAGGGCUGCCGCCAGUGUUGUCGUUAAUGAUGAUUCAACCAUUCAAGUAAAGUCACCAAAGGAUAGAAAUAGUGCAAGUCACAUGCCUGCGCAUAUGAGCCACAGUAACACUGGCUUGUUAAUGGAAAGGCCAGCAGCUGCCGUUUCUAACGAACAUGAUAAGUCUUGUCGCGUGACAAAUGCCGGUGGUGUUAAACAAGAAAUAGAUCCUUCAUCAUCAGGUUUUCCGGUUCAUCAAGGUUCAGUUGAUGCUGUCGUGCCUGUCAAUAAUUCUGCCUUGGAACAAGGAGCAAAGAGUACUUCGGAUCAAGAAGACGUACUGCUAGAAAGUGAAGAUGAUGUCCCAUAUUUUUCAGAUAUUGAAACAAUGAUACUUGAUAUGGACUUAGAUCCAGAAGAGCAGGACUUAUUCUCCAACGACCAAGUGUUGAGAUACCAGCAAGAGGAAACAAAGACUGCAAUCUUGAGGAUGGAGCAGAGCGCACAUGCGUAUACGCAAAGAGCCAUUGCUUCACAUGGAGCUUUUGCUGUUUUAUAUGGUCGUUAUUCAAAGCAUUAUAUCAAGAAGUCCGAGGUUUUGCUUGGUCGGGGGACAGAAGACACUUCCGUCGACAUUGACUUGAGUAGAGAAGGACGCGCGAACAAAAUAUCCAGACGACAGGCGAUCAUUAGUCUGGACGAAAGUGGAUGUUUCCAUCUGAAGAACGUAGGCAAAUUUUCCAUCUCAGUCAAUGACAAGGAAAUAACCCAUGGACAGAGUCUAAACCUUACUCCCAGUUGUCUAAUCGAGAUAAGAGGGAAGCCUUUCGUGUUCGAGAUAAACCAAAGCUGUGUGAAGAAGCAUCUCAACCGCGCAACGACCAAAGAGCUGAAGUGAAGCAGGCAGAACAUCUAGCCGCGUUAUUAUGAGAAGGUGCUCAUAUAUUUUCUUACACCAGCUGCACUUUCUGGGUUUCCCUUCUCCAUUCCUACUAAUGCCUUCUGUAAAUUUCUUCUCAUGUGAAUGAAUCCCUUUCCGACAA